GGAAAUAUUUAGCGGAUGCACAUUUCCUGUUCCCUAGCAACAAGAGCAGUGUGGAACUGGGGAUGGAAGAAGAAUGAGACAAUUGAAAGAAGAGAGUCCCUGCAGACAGCUCUCCAUCGCAAAAUAAGAUAUUUAAUUAGCUAAUGAGAAGGCGUACGUCCCCUGUAAUUUGUGUCGAGUCGACAUUGUAGGCUGGAUUCAUCCUCUGCUCUAUGGCCUCUUUGGACACCCUUUGGACCUAAACAACCGUUCUCCGUUGUGUAUGAGCAAGAAAGGCAUCUAAUGUAUUACCCUCCUGCAUACACUUUAUAUCCGGCGGGUGUAUUUCGGUCCUCAUCGUCAUGGCGACGCAUGACUUGGCACGGACCGCAGGUUUCCCGUGCAAACAGUGCGGGCUGAUGUGUCCUGACAUGGCCGCGCUCGUCGAGCACACGGACGGUCACCUGGCGCAAGAGGAGGAGCGCAAAUACAAAUGUGACGAAUGCGGACGUGGCUACAGGCAUGCCGGCAGCCUCGCCAAUCACAAAAAGGCUCACGACGUGGGAUCGUUUGAGUGCCACGUGUGCGGCAAAGAGAAUUCCAACGCUUUGGCUUUGAAAAGUCACAUGCGAAGUCACACGGCGCGCAAAAAGUACACGUGUUCGCAAUGCGGCAAGGCUUUCCGCCUGGCAACGCAACUUGCGACGCACGAGCGGGUUCACCGUACCCCGCAAGCAAAGAAGCCGGAGGUGGAGUUGGAAGCCCCGCAUGAAAUCACAGAGAAUCAUUGGAACAACCAGUCGCCUGUGGGGAUUCAAAGUGAAAACCGACCCGCGGACGACAAAAUGGAGGGUUAUCAUCCGGCCUGUGACAUGCCAGACGACGGCCGACCGUUCAAAUGCGACCUGUGUGACAAGACGUACAUUCACCUCCGAAGCUUGAACAACCACAAGAAGACCCAUCAGGUGGGAAUGUUUGAGUGCACCGUGUGUUUCAAACUCUUCAACAACAUGGCGGGGCUCUACAGCCACCAGAGGACCCACAAGGUCAGAAGCGGCGGCGGCGGAGGAGGUAGUAGCUCAGCAUUUGGCUUCUACUCCAACUCCACACUGGAGCGGUUUUCCCCUCAGAGCCCAGACGGCCCUGUCAACUUCUGCCAUUUGUGUCAGGUUGUGUUCCCAAGUGAUGAGGACUUCCAGGAGCACAUCCACAUGCAUAACUCUUCGUCGGCGUCCUUUGGCCUGCAGGACAGCACAGCGGAGAGUCACAGUAUGACGUACAACAGCGUUACCUCGCCUAAAAGUGACUUUUAUACAUCUCACAUCGACCCGAUUCCUUCUUUGGCGUCGGUCAAUCAUCGGCAAGGUUUUGAUCAGACACAGGGAACCACUAGCGCCAAUGGUCACAUGUAUUCCAACUGCUCGGUGAACCAAACGCCAUCUUCAAGCUGCUCUCAGGGACAACCCCCACUCAUGGAUCCCAGAAUUCUCAGUCAGGCUCUGAACCCAUCCGAAAUGGACGACGCUCCCGUUGCCGAUUCCGAUGAGCGUCCCUUCAGGUGUCAGAUUUGUGGCAAGAGCUACCGCCACUCCGGGAGCCUCAUCAACCACAAACGCUCGCAUCAGGUGGGGAUUUACCAGUGCUCCAUCUGCAGGAAGAAGUAUCCUCACCUGGCUGCGCUCAAGAGUCACCUCCGCCUACACAAAGGUCACAAGUCCUCGUUCAACCCCGACGAGGAUGGGGACUGGCUCACCUCGGAGCAGUUUUGUACAGUCAACCAGCAGGGGUUCUUCUCCUCCCGACAGGAUGAGGAGGCGGACGGCGGUGCUCAUCUCACGCUCGGCAUGGAUCAGGAGAACGGCGCCGUCUUCCGCGAUCAUUCGGACUUCACUCCAGACACAAGCGCGCUGCUACCUCACGCCGAGCACUCGAUGCAGAGGCACAUGUGCGCCGACUGCGGGGACACUUUUGCGGACAUUGCCGGUAUCAUGGCGCACACGUGCCACCUGCUUGGACAGCAGCACACGGUUGGGGGCCACGACGCCAACGGGAGCUUUGCGGGGACCGUCCCUCAGUUUGAUGAACCAGAAGAUGUGGAUCAGCAGAAUUUCUUUGAGCGGAGCUUCCAAGAAGAUGUGAGCAGCGAGCAGCUGAACGGCAACGCCGAAGAAGAUGACGGCGAUCUUUUUCAGUGUUCCGUUUGUGGGAACAGCUACAGCAGCAUGCAAGCCCUCAGGAGCCAUCUCCGAGGACACGCGCAGUCCCAAUGCGCCUCUGCCAGCUCGGGACCCUCGUCCAUGUCCUCUCAGGAGGAGGCCGGGGAUGACGAGCCGGCUGAAAUGAUGAUCUGCAGUACCUGCGGAGAAAGCUUUGUCAGCAGGCAGGACUUGGUCGCCCAUCAGCUCGCGCAUGUCAAGCGUCAAGAAGAAGACGGCGUCCGCGACAGCGAGGGACCAGGAGGCGAGCAUGAGACGCAAAGUAUCAUUUGCGGGCGCUGUGGAACCUUCUGCACCGGCUACCAUCAUCUGGAGAGCCACAGCUGCAUCGCAGAGAAGAAAGAAGAAGAAGAAGCAGCAGCAACAGCACACGGCGAGGAAGUGGAAGUCAAAGCAAACGACUUGCAGCACGAAGGCCAGAGUGACGUCAGGGACCACUUGGAGGACCGUCAGCACAGGUGCGACCAGUGCGGCCGCUCGUACAGACACUCCGGUUCCCUCCUCAACCACAAGAAGUCUCACAAAACAGGAGUGUUCAAGUGCGGCGUGUGCCAGAAACGAUUUUACAACUUGUUGGCUCUUAAAAACCACCAGAGGUCCCACUUUGACGUGAAAAGGCAUUCUUGCCCCGAGUGCGGGAAAGCCUUCAAAAUCCAGAAGCAGCUUUUGAUCCACCUCAGGAGGCACAAGGAGAACAGAGCCAAGAUCCAAGAGCUGAACAACCAGAUCCAAGCCCUCAUGCAGAUGAACAAGACUGAAGCUGACGACGCCCGAGGAGCCACGGUCAAAUCAGAGCACGCGGGUGACCGCCGACCCUUUGCCUGCGAGCAGUGCGGGCGUACGUAUCGCCACGCCGGCAGUCUGGUGAACCACAAAAAGUCCCACAAAACCGGUCAGUAUUACUGUUCCCUUUGCAGCAAAGCUUACGCCAAUCAGCUGGCCUUGAAGAAUCACCUACGCACGCAUUUUGCGAGCCGCAAGUAUUCUUGCCAAAAGUGCGGAAAAGGCUUCAGAGGGAAACGCCAGCUGUCGGCUCACGUUUGCGCAGACUCCCGGAAGGGCGGCGGGAGGAGCUUAAGGUCUCGAGCUUCAAAGUGCAAACGGUGUAAACAGACGUUUCCUUCCGGCGAGCAACUGGCGGCCCACGCCUGCGCCGGCUCCCCGGGAAGCGCCGCCGGCACCAAAGAGGAGCGGAUGUUCUCGUGCAACAUUUGCCAGCGCAGCUACCGGCACGCCGGCAGCCUCCUCAACCACAAGAACACGCACAAGACGGGGCACUUCUCCUGCACCUUCUGCGCCAAGCCCUUCACCAACCCCAUGGCGCUGCGCAACCACAUGCGCAUCCACACGCAGAAGAAGAAAUACGUGUGCCUCACGUGCGGGAAGGCCUUCCGCCUCGCCAGCAUCCUGCGCAACCAUCAGAAGGUCCACAGCCGCGCCGGCGGACACUUCAGCUGUUCGGCGUGCGAGAAGAGCUUCCAAGGGAGGUCCGGACUCAAGAGGCACCGCUGCCGCCGAGGUCGGGGAGAGGACGGGAUUCCGCCGGGAGAAAGCCCGGACAAGUGCUUCACAUGCGACCUGUGCGGGCGCUCGUACCGCCACGCCGGCUCCCUCCUCAACCACAAGAAGACUCACUCGGAAAACCUCCACCACUGCGGCCUUUGUCUGCAGACCUUCCCGGACCCCCUGACGCUCCAGAUCCACUCCCAGAUGAGGCGCCACUGCUGCCCGGAAUGCGGCAAGACCUUCUGUCUCAUUGCGCACCUGCAGAGCCACAUGGAGGUGCACUCCAAGGAUCGCUGUCAGGACCCCUACCGAGGCGGCUCGGAUGAGCCCGAGGCCAGCGACCCGAGCUGGCCCGAGCCUUUGUCCCAGCGUCCCGAGAGCGCGGGCGAGCGGGCGGAGAAGAGCCACGUGUGCGAGCACUGCGGCCGCACCUACCGCCACGCCGGCUCCCUCCUCAACCACAAGAACAGCCACAAGACGGGCUCCUUCUCCUGCGGCCGUCCCGAGAGCGCGGGCGAGCGGGCGGAGAAGAGCCACGUGUGCGAGCACUGCGGCCGCACCUACCGCCACGCCGGCUCCCUCCUCAACCACAAGAACAGCCACAAGACGGGCUCCUUCUCCUGCGGCGCUUGCCACAAGGAGUUCUCCAACCUGAUGGCCCUCAAGAACCACCGCCGCAUCCACACGGAGCCCAAGCGCUACCAGUGCUUGGAGUGCGGCAAGGCGUUCCGCGUCUCCACGCAGCUCAUAUGUCACCGCAGGAUCCACAGCAAGGAGAAGCCCUUCGCCUGCCCGGUGUGCGGCAGGAGCUUCUCCAGCAAGUCCAACCUGAGGCACCACGACAAGUUGCACCGCAACCAGCGCGCUGGCGACGACUCCUGCUCGUUCGGCUUGGAUGCUCACCACUUCAUCGAUUUGGACAUGGGCUCUUUCCUCUGA